AAGUAUUUAUUUACCAGCUAAAAAAAAAAAAAAAUUGUCAGUUAAAUUCACUUCCAGUGCAAAGGUCGAUAACUCUUAUUAUAUAAACCUCAGUUGGUACUCGUGCGCGUAGUGUCAGAAUAUCCGGAACCGUGUUCCACAUCAAAGAUGCCACCAAAUAAGAAAAUACAACAUAACGCUUUUUAUUAUUAUAUGAAGCAGUUGAUGGAAGACUUGAAACAAAAAGGCCACAAUUUCCCUAAUGGUUUAGCGGAUGUUGUUGCUAUCGCUGGCCCCAAAUGGAAGCUGAUGACGACCAACGAAAAAUAUCCUUAUGAAAAAAUGUCUCGCGAAAUUAAAGAAAAUUCUCGUAAAAAGAAUAACACCAGUAAUAAGAAAAGUGAUUCGCGUUUGGACUGUACAGGACAGUUAAUUUCUAGCCACAGUGAACCUCUCGACGAAAUUACCAAAUUUUACGCUGAACAAGAUCGAGAUGUUACCUCAAAAUGGCCGCAUAACUCUGAGAUACUCUACGAAAAGUUUUAUCUUCUAAAUUUCCAGCUACUGUGUAAAACCUCAGACGACGAAUGCUUACCAGUGGAAGUCUCUGCUUUGGAAUACAAUAUGAAAGAGGGUAUUACUAAAGAAAUGCACCAAUUUAUUAACGCGGGUUCUAUUCCUGUUGGUUAUAGAUAUGAGGCUCAAUUCCACAGUGAUAACACUCAUCAAAUUCCUAUAGAAAACUUUGAAAUGGCUACAUCUGAUUAUACCCAACUGUGGAAAGAUUUGCUUAAAUUUUCUGAUAAAAAACAAUUUUAUUGCCUAUCAAAAGAUUUCAAAGAAGUUGAAAGCUGUUUGAAUUGGAUUCAUGAUCGAAGUGAAAGUGCUCGGUCGAAAUAUAUUCAACUUUAUGCACUUGAGAAGCUUGUCAUGGAUUUGUUUAAACAUAAUGGCUUUUCAGUCGCAAAAUAUCAAAUUCUGGACAUGCUGACGACCACUGCAUUCGAUUACGAACCCAAUACUCGUUGUCCUUGGCAUGAACAGGCUAGUCUUAUUCAUUGUAGUUUGGCCAUUAUUCGAAGAUAUGCAUAUGCCAUGUCUGACUCUCUGGUCAACGUUUAUGAAUUCACACUCACUUCUCAGCAUCUUCCCGUAAAAGAUAGUAAAAGUAAAGGCGUAUCGUUAAACCCUCCUCACUUCGGUAACAGAAAAAACGACUAUUCCAGUCCAGCUACUGAGAAAAACAAACGUCGGUCUGAAAACACUAAACAAAACUCUCCUAAAUUCAAGCAGAAUUUUUCUGUAGAUGCUGAAGAUGAAGAAUUGGAAGCUCUCCGAAAACCACUUACUAACGCUAAUGUUACUUGUACCACAAAGCACAGCUAUUUUGAUCAUAAUAAGGACCUACAUCCAUUUGGAACGAAAUCAGAGAAUGAAUCUAAUUGUUGCAGUCAUAAUGUUAGUGUUUCUGAUACUGUAAGCGAAUGUGACAGUGAACUAAAUCAUAUCUCUGAGGAAAACGAAAUUCUGCAGAAUCCAUUCCAAUUUGAACCCGUUUUUCCCGAGCUAAAAAAUACAAGGAGCCAGUUACCAGCAUCGACUACAGUUUCUCGGGCGUGGGCAAAACCGACACCAAAACCAUCACAGAUAUCGGAGACGGACUUUCCAUCUUUAACCAGUAUUUGUUCGGGACCACGAGUAGUGACUCCCUCCUACCGACAACAAGUGGCUAUGCAAAGAGAUGUACCUAGCAGGCCUUGUUUUGCAGCUAUGGUAGGUCGAGGGCGUGGAAGGGGCCUAAUUGCAAAUGCUUGCCCUAAAUAGUCUUUCUACGCACACUCGAAACCUUUUACAUUUAUUUUCACAUCAUUGACAUGCAUAAAAAAAAAUAUUUUUUCAUUUACAAACUCUUUCUAUUUAAAUCUGCAAACAUUAACGUUUUAACUUUUCUAUAAAAUGAAACAAAAGAAAAAAAAACUUGCUAAGUUUUUGUAACUUAGCUUCUCUUAUUUUAAAACUCCUCUAUAAGUUUUCAAACGGGAUGUCUCUGCUCUCAAAAGUAAAUACUCACUCUCUUUACAGACCAUAAAAAUUCUAUUAAAACGUAUGUUAAUUUUUAGAAUUUAUUGAUUUGUAACAAAAAUAAAAUCAGUUCCGCUACAUAACUGGUCUGUAUGUAGAUGAAUAAAUGUCUGCACUGGUUUAUAAACCAUUUUCCAUAUUGUUACCUACGUUAACAAAUAUCUAUUUCGAAACUGUUAAUCAUCAAAGUUGCUGUAAAGAUAUUUAACAUAUAUAUAAUUCAAAUCGUAAUAAAAUAGUAUUAUUUUUUUUUAACUAUUACGUAGAAAAUAUCGAAUACACCCACACAAAAUAAGCUGGUUUUAUUAUUCUCAAGUUGUUUUGACUAUAAUAGCAUCCGGUGAUAGAAGCUAGUUCAGAAUUAACUUUUCUAUCAAUUAAUGUUGCCUUGUGGCCGACUAUCCAGCAUUAUUAAAUUAUAUAGAAUGAAAUUAAACCCAUUUUUCGUUAAGGUUUAAAUUUUUUAUAUAUCAUAGACAAAAUAUGUUGCCCUACUUAGAAUUUCAGAUGGCUGAACUGUAUUUCUGGGAACGUCAGUGCAUUAUAUUGCGUCAUAUCAAACUCUUCUCAGACACGUAGGCAGUGAGUCAAAUAACAAAAAAAAUUACACUUUCUUCCUCUAUUAAUCAAAAAGAUAUAGAACCAUAGAUUCAAUGAUAAGUUAGAACCAUAUCAAUUACUUUGGUUUAGCCAUUAAUUGUUAACGUAGUUUUUGUUUACAUAUGUUCAUUCAUGUGAUUCUCAUGGUCACGUGACAAAUACUUUUUAUUAUUGUUUCUCGAUUUCCAUUCAACCUGUUUGUAUUUUCCUCAAAGAAUUGAAAACUGACUUAUCCUUGCUAUAAGUUUAUUUCUAUUAAACCGCCUUCCUCUUUUUA